AUGCAUCCUGUCUCGCUGUGGGUGGCAGCUGCCGUGGUGGGUGUGCUCAGAGGAGCAGCCAGCGAGUGCUGGGAGCACCCAAGCUGCCAGGACCUCAACUCUAAGAGCAGAUUGAUGGAAUGCAUCCAGCUCUGUGGAUCGGACUCGUCCAUCAUUCCCAACGACAUCCACCCCAGGCAUCCUCCUUCAUCAGACCCUCUGUCCGCUUCCCCCUAUUCCUCUGUCUCCUCCUCACCCGAGGCCAGGCGCUCCUACUCCAUGGAGCAUUUCCGCUGGGGGAAACCUGUCGGGCGAAAGCGCCGCCCCAUCAAAAUCUACACCACCAACAGCGUGGAGGAGUCAGCCGAGCUUUUCCCGGGAGGGGUCGUGAGGCGGGAGCUUUCUAGAGAGAUGUCAAGAGCUAAAGAUGAGGAUGACAACGAAGCAAGGGAGGAGAUGGAAACAAGGCUGGGCCAUGUUCAGGAGAAAACGAAUGGCACGUACAAGAUGAAGCACUUCCGCUGGGGCGGCCCGGCCGAAGGCAAACGCUACGGCGGCUUCAUGAAGAGUUCAAGCGAGCGCAGCCAGAGGCCACUGCUCACACUCUUCAAAAACGUCAUCAGCAAAGUGGCACCAGUGGAGAAAUGA